UGUUCUCUUGGAUUUUUGUUGACAUUGUCAUAUUACUCUGCAACUUUGAACCGUCCAAGAGCGCGAUUUGUCACUCCCGCCAUUAGGAGAUAGAUGGUGUCCACCAGAAGAACGUCGGCCUCUGCAACGCCGCCCCAACCUUAUUCAAAUACCCGAAUCCUCAAAACCCCAUUCUCUACCCCCAAAACCAUCUCUACCUCCGUCAAAUCGGUAUUAUUGGAUGAUUGGUGGCUGGUCAAGGCUCAAGGAAAGGGCUUGGCUGUCGAAGGCUUGGCUAAAACACAGAGACCAGCAAUAAGAACUUUUAGCUCGGCAGCAAUUUCAAAGAGACAUACCGCCACAAUUCUUGAGACAACAGAUGGCAUCAUUGUUACACUCUGUGGUUUCUUAAAUAUCUCCCGCACAGGUCAAAAUGGUUUUCCGCCCGAGGUAUACAAUCGCUAUCUGCUUGGAUUUCCAUAUGACUGGGAGGAGCAUGCAGCUGGUUUAUUGGUUCAAGGUUCUACUGACAAAAGUGCCUCAGCCAGAAAUUCAUCGUCUCAGAAGUUCAUGUUUUCAGAAGACAGUGAAAGUAAUCCGUUACCAUUUUCUAUAGCUGAUGUCCCAGCGACAGUUACACGUGAUUUUAUAAUGUCUUGUGUUGGAGAUUCUGAACAAUUGAAGACCAUAUUCGGUGAUAUACUGAGAACAUCCGGGGACAAUGUUUUUGGGGAUACCACUCUGCAAAUCAACUCAAACAUGGAAGAUAGUCAUCCAAUUGAAAAUGUGAAAUCUGGACGAAAUGAAACACCCCCCAUGGCUAAGAAGGUUCGGAUUGAUGAUGACAAAAACAAGACUACAGACACAUGUUUAAAAGGCAGCCAGAAAUCUAAGGGAAUGUGUUCCGGAAGAAACCAGACCAGCACGAAAUCUGUACCCACAAGAUCAAGCGCCAGGCUGAAGAAUUUGAAAUGAUAUGCAAGACGCAUCUCUAACUUAUGACUCAGAACUCAAGGGAGUGCAUUAGCUCUAGAUAAUCUGUAUGCACCAAGGCGAGGCAACAUGCAGAAAGAAAGACGCACCUCCAACUCACGAAUGAGAACUGAAGGGAAUGCAUUAGUUCUGGAUGUUCUGUAUGUAAUCAAGUUAGCCAUUUCUUUAGUCAGCAGUGUUUUAAGAAAGGCUUAAGCCACAUUCCUUGUAUACUUUAUAUUAUAUAUACUUGUUUUUGAAGUAAGGAGCUGAUCUUUUAGUAA